AUGACGACCUUAUUCAAAUCCCACCCUCCUUCUCUUAUUUUUUCCGCAAAGGAUGCAGAGAAUAAUGGCGGAUCCUCUUCCCUUUCGCCCGCGGCGGAUCGGAGAGAUUUACUUGAAUCUCCAUCUCCUUCGCCGUCCGUUCCAGCUUCGCCAUCUCUUCGAGUAUCGCCACUUCCAUCUCCUGCCCUUCUAGCUUCGCCAUCUCCUCAAAUAACGCCAUCUCCCCAAGAAUCGCCAUCUCCUUCCCUUCCAGCUUCGCCCUCCCUUCCAGCUUCGCCCUCCCCCUCCUCCCUACCCCCAAACUCCCAAGCCACCACCCCCCCUUCCUCCACAAACGCCCACCCCCCCUCUCCCCGCGACGAAAAGCUCACCACCCUCUUCUCCAACAUCUCCCUCCUCCUCUCCUCCUUCUACGACACCCAUCCUUACGUCUCCCCCCUCCUUAACCCUUCAGCUAUCACCGACGGCGACGUCUUCGACCACCCCGCGACCGGCGUCCAGCUCAUCGCCAUCCCGAACUACUGCAACGCUUCGUUCUUGAAGAUAUGCCAAGCGGGGGAUAUUGAGUAUAAGACUUUAGCUUAUUCCGUUAGCAAGACCCCCGUAGGCCAAACCUUUGCCCAGAAGAAGAAGGCUUUAGAAGUUCGUCGGCAAGCUUUCUUGGAUCGGAUCGGGAGCAAGCGCGCUUGUGAAGCUGUCGGAUUGGAUCUAGAUACGGUGGCUAAAGAAGGGGGGCAUGAGGAUGAGCAUAAGGGUGAGGAUGAAGAUGAGGAUGAGGAUGAGGAUGAGGAUGAGGAUGAGCAUAAGGAUAAGCACGCGUCUAAACGCCGUCGCCUUUAA